AAACACAGACUGGGAACGGGCGGGAGCGGGAGCGGGAGCGCGGCGCACGGCCCAGACCGGCCCGGGGAGCGAGCGAGCGAGCGGUGAAAGAGCAGGGCAGCGGGGAGGCGAGGUAGCCAAGGCGGGGGAAUCUGCGCCUCAAAGCGACCGAGGCGAGCAAAGUUUGGCGGGGGGUUGGACUUUCCUUCCUGGAGGCGGCACCCAAACAGCCAGCCCGUGCGGAAACCCAAACUUUCUUCUGCCACUCCGAGGCUCGCGGCCGCCUCCGCCCCGCGCUCGGGGCCUGCCGGACCCGGCGCCGCUGUCGCCCGCCCGCCCGCCUCCCGGGCCGCCCUUCGCUCCGCCGUGGGAGCCCCGCAGGCUGCAGCGCCGCGGCCCGGCCCGGAGCACGGGCAAGUUCGCCGAGAGUUGAGGCGAAGAAGUUUGGGCGGCCCCGGCCAGCUCCCCGCUGCGCCCCCGGCGUCCCGCCGCGCUCAGCCCCGCCGGGGGCGCCCCUCGGUGCCCGCGCGCCCUCCCCAGCCAUGUCGUCCAUCCUGCCCUUCACCCCCCCGAUCGUGAAGCGCCUGCUGGGCUGGAAGAAGGGCGAGCAGAACGGGCAGGAGGAGAAGUGGUGCGAGAAGGCGGUCAAGAGUUUGGUCAAGAAGCUCAAGAAGACGGGGCAGCUGGACGAGCUGGAGAAGGCCAUCACCACGCAGAACGUCAACACCAAGUGCAUCACCAUCCCCAGGUCCCUGGAUGGCCGACUGCAGGUGUCUCAUCGGAAAGGGCUCCCCCAUGUCAUCUACUGCCGCCUGUGGCGAUGGCCUGACCUGCACAGCCACCAUGAGCUGCGGGCCAUGGAGCUGUGUGAGUUCGCCUUCAACAUGAAGAAGGACGAGGUCUGCGUGAACCCCUACCACUACCAGAGGGUAGAGACCCCAGUUCUACCUCCGGUGUUGGUGCCACGCCACACAGAGAUCCCGGCCGAGUUCCCGCCGCUGGACGACUACAGCCAUUCCAUCCCCGAGAACACUAACUUCCCCGCGGGCAUCGAGCCGCAGAGCAAUAUUCCAGAAACCCCACCCCCUGGCUACCUGAGUGAAGAUGGAGAAACCAGUGACCACCAGAUGAACCACAGCAUGGAUGCAGGUUCUCCAAACUUAUCCCCGAACCCGAUGUCCCCAGCACACAGUAACUUGGACCUGCAGCCCGUCACCUACUGCGAGCCAGCCUUCUGGUGCUCUAUCUCCUACUACGAGCUGAACCAGCGUGUCGGGGAGACAUUCCACGCCUCGCAGCCCUCCAUGACAGUGGAUGGCUUCACCGACCCCUCCAACUCGGAGCGCUUCUGCCUCGGGCUGCUCUCCAACGUCAACAGGAACGCCGCCGUGGAGCUCACGCGGAGGCACAUUGGGCGAGGCGUGCGGCUCUACUACAUCGGAGGGGAGGUGUUCGCAGAGUGCCUCAGCGACAGCGCCAUCUUCGUGCAGUCCCCCAACUGUAACCAGCGCUAUGGCUGGCACCCCGCCACCGUCUGCAAGAUCCCACCAGGAUGCAACCUGAAGAUCUUUAACAACCAGGAGUUUGCUGCCCUCCUGGCUCAGUCGGUCAACCAGGGCUUCGAGGCCGUCUACCAGCUGACACGCAUGUGCACCAUUCGCAUGAGCUUCGUCAAAGGCUGGGGAGCAGAGUACAGGAGACAGACAGUGACCAGCACCCCCUGCUGGAUCGAGCUGCACCUGAAUGGGCCUUUGCAGUGGCUUGACAAGGUCCUCACCCAGAUGGGCUCCCCAAGCAUCCGCUGUUCCAGUGUGUCUUAGAGACAGUGGGUGAAGGGGAGGGCGGGCUUGGGGAAAAUGGCCACAUAGGAGGUGGAGAAAACUGGAACUCGACUCAACUCACUGUUGUCAAGGAAGAAGACAUUUUUCUCCCUCAACCAAAGUGGCACCAACCUGUUCUCCAAAACACAAAAGCAAAUCCAGAGAUGGAUUUUAUGAACAGCUGUUUGCUGAACAUUUGCCCUCUGGCCCAAUUUUGAAGGGCAAGAAAUGCCUUCUGCUUUGGUGGCUUGAGCAAACAGGUAGUAUGUCACCAUCUGCUCCCUGCCCCCGCCCCCUCCUUUCUCGAUGACAGCAGUCUGGGAUGGCACUGUCCAACACGCAAAGGCCUGGAGUGUGGAGUUCACCUUGGGUGUUCCAGGUAGGGACAAGCCUGCAGGGGUGUGAGUAAACCCCAUGCCCGACCUUCCGGCGCUUUUGACACAUGCCUCUUGAGCUGAGCACCGCGAGCCCCAGCACUCCCUCAGCAGACCCUGCACUGGGAACUGGGCCCACUUGGGGUUGGGAGGGGCUUGUGGUCUCCUCCGGCUCAGAGCAAACAGAUUGGUGUGAACCAGCGGUCAGACCACCAGGGGCAGUGGGGAAAGCUGGUGGGAGUGACCUCUUUCCAAAACGCUCUUAGGUGUCCUCUCUCACUUGGAGCAGUUAGAAGGAUCUGCUGAGGCUCAGUGCACACGCAAUGUACAGUUCGUCACAUUACUCUCAGAGAGAUUUGAAUUACGUGAAGUGUUCACAGAAAGCAAGAGGUGUUGUGGAGCGAUGGCAUUGAGGCUGCGGCGGCACUGCACUGCGUGGGGCCCAGGCGUUAAGAGCUCACUUCGUAUUCUCGUGCACUGGGCUACUGUUUAUGUAGUCAGUUGCAUUAAUUUAAUGAGCUUUAUCAUGUGCUCUUCGUUUUAUACUUAAAUCCUGGGCUGGCUCAUGGACUGGAAACCAGAGUGGGACCCAGCGACAUCUCCCCCAAGGUGCAGGUUUUGUUGAGAAGACACCUGCCAGCAGUUUUGGAAGCUGAAAUUAACAGAAGCAAAUUCACCAGGAGGGAAAACUCUCAGGCCAGCAUAGGCAAAUGAAAGGGCUAUUGACAUUUUUUUACACCUUUGAAAAUUGCAGGCUUGGUGCAAAGAGGUCUGUCAUCUUUCCCCUGGGGUAUAAGAUUAUCUAGUUCUCGUAGAGGAUUACCAGUGACAACUCUUAGCAGUUAUAUUGUGUAAUAAGUACUGCUCCCAGUGGCAAUUAGUGAGGAAACUAUUAUGAAUUAUUUCAACUG